AUGAAGUUGCUUUUCCUUAUUCUGCCCUUCUUGGGAAAUGUCCUUGCACUGGUACCUCGCGCGCCACAAGCAGUGCCCCCAGCAUGCACUUGCGACACCGUAUUCUGCGCCCAAGUCUGGCCCGACUCCUGCUACUGCGCCAACGACGCCAAAAAAGCGUGUUAUGAAAAAUGCGGUGGAAGCCCUCCAACAUACGAUACCUGUCCUCCUCGAAGCGUAGCAGCACGCGCGCCACAAGAAGCAGCACCAACGCCCAUAUCAACACCUACAUCCGCACCUACACCUACACCCCCGUCUACCUGCGUCUGCGAACCCGUCUUCUGCAUAGACUCCUGGCCUGAAUCCUGCUACUGCAACAACGACGCCAAGAAAAACUGCUACGAAAAAUGCGGCGGCGAAGUACCAGAGUACCAGACCUGCCCGCCGCGAGAAGUCGUCCCAAAACCAGACCCAAUCCCCAACCCAGAUCCCUCCACAGAGUGCAAGUGCCCAGAAAUAAUGUGCAUCCAAUCCUUCCCCGAAGGAUGCUACUGCGCCAACAAUGCAAAACUACAAUGUUACGAGUUAUGCGGCGGCGAAGAGCCAGUCCUGAGUAGCUGUGACUAA